ACUGCCAGUACCGACAUACCUAGCUAGUAUAUUCCAAGAUUGUGCAUAGGGGUACAGCAGUGUAACAUGGUCCCGACUCGGUGGAUUUCUAUUGCGAAUAUAAAUCUGCUUGACCCUCCACCAAACUUCGUGCCCGUGAUUUUCUGUGCCAUCAAGAAACUAACUAUCGUAACCCUGGAUUAUCUAACCACCUAGAUCUAUCCUGCUGACUACACAUCAUGUCAGAUACCUUAGCGACCCUUCGCGGUCUUGUCCCUGAGGGACUACCAAUAUCUAUCCAAGUGGUCAUUGCCACCCUGGUACUUGGCGUGGUCUACUCACUAAUCACUGCGGAUCGGCCCUUCUCUGGGUUUCCGGUGUUAACAGUCGACGGCAAGAAUCCGAGAGAAAGUUGGCUGUAUCAUGGACAGCAAGUCCUGGCCGUGGGCAUGCAAAAGUUCUCCGGGCCAGCGCAAGUGAUAACCGGGACAGGCCCCAAAAUCGUCCUGCCCAACAAAUUCGCCGAAGAGGUGCGCAACCACCCCUCGUUGAACUUCAACAAGGCUUUUGCCAAGGAUUUCAUGAUCAACUACCCCGGCUUCGAGGCCUUCCGCCUCGGGCUCGAGGACAACCGGAUGAUCCAGGACACGAUCCGGAUCAAGCUGACGCAGUCGCUCGGCCUCGUGACGGAGGACCUCGUCGACGAGGCCAUCGCCGCCCUGCACGACGUCUUCGGCGACAGCCCGGAGUGGACGACGAAGCACAUCCGCGACGACAUGCUCGAGGUGAUCGCGCGGCUCUCCUCGCGCGUCUUCCUCGGCAGCGAGCUCUGCCGCAACCGCCGCUGGCUCGAGAUCUCCAAGUCCUACACGCUCGACUCCUUCAUGCUCUCCGCCCUCAUGCGCGCCGCCCCCGCCCUCCUCCGCCCCGUCGCCUACCUGCUGCUCCCGCAGUCCCGCCGCCUCCGCGCGCACGUGCGCGACGCCCGCAGCCUGAUCAACCCCGAGGUCGCCCGGCGCAAGGCCAUCGUCGACGCGGCGCACGCCCAGGGCGAGAAGGCCCCCAAGAUCUCCGACACCAUCGGCUGGAUGUACGAGGUGUCCAAGGGCCGCGACGCCGACUACGUCGCCGGCCAGCUCUCGCUGACCGCGGCCGCCAUGCACACGACCACCGAGUCCACGUGCGCCGCGAUCCUGGACAUCUGCGAGCACCCCGACGUGGCGCAGCGGCUGCGCGAGGAGAUCAUCGAGGUGCUGGGCGCGGAGGGGUGGAGCAAGGUCGCGCUGCACAAGCUCAAGUUCAUGGAUAGCUUUUUGAAGGAGGGGCAGCGGGUUCGGCCGCUGGGAUAUUCAACAAUGCACCGCUUCGUAACCGAGCCCGUCAAGCUCUCAGACGGCUCCGUGCUCCCCAAGGGCGCCCGCAUGGUCGUCGCCGGGAACUUCAUGGACCCGGCCGUGUACCCGGAGCCGGAGACCUACGACCCGGAGCGCUUCCUCAAGAUGCGGCAGCAGCCCGGGCAGGAGAACAGCUGGCAGUUCGUCACGAGCAACCCGUCGCACACCUUCUUCGGCUACGGCCAGCACGCGUGCCCCGGAAGGUUCUUCGCCGCCAACGAGAUGAAGAUCGUGCUGUGCCACCUGCUGCUCAAGUACGAGUGGCGCUUCGUUCCCGGCGAGGGCAGGCCCCCGACCCAGACGUUCGAGGCGGUCAACACGGUCAACAAGGACGCCAAGGUCCAGAUCCGGAGGAGGACGCCCGAGAUCGAUCUCGAUAACUACUAAAAAAAGCUUAGACGCGUGUCUGUCUUUAGUACCUACCGUGUAGGUGCUUACGAAGACUGGCUGGGUAUUUACAUAUACCUAUAUUUUCUGUUUUUGUUUGGAGGUUGGCGUUUGAUUUGAUCAGGUUGGUUAUAAAGGAAAGCCCCCAAGUACCUAGAGAUUGGGUAUUAUAGCAUUUUAGGAACACCUUUGCUUUCAUGCUUAGCAUAUACCCCGAAUUCCAUAAGUAUGUAAUUCAUGUCAAUCCGGAUAAGAAUAA